GAAGGAAGCUACCAUUCCUACACCACGGGUGCUGUUGAAUCAGCUGGACCAGAGAUACAGGCGUUCUCUAUUCUCCUCCCCCCAUUAGAUUCUUCUCAAUAGUCUGAUCCCAAAAAGGAGGGGUGGACCGGGGAGUUAACUGGCAGCCAGCUGAUCUUUGCUGUGGGAUUCUGUGAGGGGAAAGGAGGUGACUGCAAACUCUUCGUUACUCUGCGCUGAGAUAGAGGAAGCCGCGAGAGAACUCAACAUCAACAGUCGCAUGAGAGGAAGGAAGCAGUGAGGCUUUUGAGAUGAAAACGUGAAGCUCGGCUUCAAGACCAAGUAAAGCAUUGCCUGCCACUGAGAAAAAACAUCUGCAAGAAAAGAGGAGAGAAAUAGAAGCAAGGGGAGACUGACUCAAUUGUUUGGAUUCGCCCACAAGCUGUUCCUGUAGACACUUGGCGUGUCACCAGUAAGAGGUCGAAGAUGUCUUGGCUGUCACCAGUGCAGUGGGCCAAAUGGACCUGGUCAGCCGUUAGAGGAGGAGAGGAGGAAGAAGGUGAGACUGGUUUGGGGAUGGACGACGAAGCCCUUCAAGAAGAGACACGAGAGGCUUUGCAAGGAGAUCAAGAGGACGAUGAAAGAUCACAUGGCUGCAGUUCGGACUCAGAGGGCCAAUUUGAAACGCCUGAAGCUGAGACGCCUGUUCAUCAGCCAUAUAAAGAACCAUCCACACUGGAUGAACCAAUCACAGAGAGCACAGGUUUCCCAGAAAUAAAUCAGUUGACCUUCAUCACAACCAAAACCCAGAACCUGACCCUGCACGAGAGCUUUCCUGAGGAUGCACCUGCCUUGGUGGUGCGGCAGAGCAGUGUGGCCCCAACCCCAACCCUGAAACUCAGGAACCAGCCUUCCUCUGCUGACAUGGAUAUGGAUCAACCCGAUCCUGCUGAAGCAGGAACAACAGAUGACACCAACAUCUGCAAUGGUCACAUUAAAGAGCCAUCCGCAAAACCACAGACCAAGUCCCUCAAGCCUAGACCUCCUUCCCUUAAGGUGAAGGGCCCACUGAAUGGAGUCGACCCCAACGAGGUGGAUGAUGAUCCUCCGAUAAUUCCAAAGGGGAGGUACAAAUUUGACCCUGAUCAGUGUGAUGAUACUAUAAAUCAAUUCGUGACUGAAGGGUCCAAGUUUCAAAACUCAUCACCUGCCAAUGCCAGUAUUCCUAAAACAGAGUUAAUGGACGAAAUGCCUGCUCAGCCAGUAAUGCUGGAGUUUGGACUUGAUGAUGCCGAAGCAAAGCGACCUCCACCCAAGAAGUCUGGAAAGAGGACAAGCAACAAGCUGACUGCUCCAAAGAAACAAAGACCAAAAGCUGCAGAAGCAGCAGCUCCACCACCGGAGACAUCAUCAGAACAAGACCAACCGCCAACUGAGAAUGUGGCUCCCAUAAGCGUUGAUGAUAUUCCUAUUCCUAAGAAAUCCUACAACUUUGAUCCAAGUCAGUGGGAUGAUCCCAACUUUAAUCCUUUUGGUGGGAACAGUAAACUUAAUAACUCACCAACACUUCCUAAAACAUCAUAUAAUUUUGACCCUGAUAACUUUGAUGACUCUAUUGAUCCUUUCAAGCCAUCAAAGACCUUAGGUGGAAAUGACACGAUUAAACCAACGACUGAGAAGCUUACAGACAAACACAAACCAGAGGGAACUGUGGAGCAGCGGAAGAAAGCAGUACAGUCUCAGAAGAAAAACACAGACCGGAUCAUCACGAACUCAUGUAAAGUAAAGCAGUAUGAGAAUCAGUCCUUAGUCCUGGAUGUCUGCAAUCAGGAGAAAGAUGUGCAGGAAGAUCCUGCAUCUAAACUGCCCCACCGUGUCCAUCACGCCACAGAUGAGGAGAAGUUAGCCUCCACUGUCAUGGGCCAGAAGGACGGGCCAGAGGAGUUUUCAGACUGCACCAAAACAACCUUCUGUACCAAGACUGCAGACGACCUGCCAGUGGGCAUUACAGACCAGUUUGAUAAGAAGGACCUUUCCUCUCCUAGUGAGAGUUUGUGUAAGAGUCAGACUCUCAGCUCUUCAGACAGCGAGACCACAGCGAAGACGAGUCCAGGGCUGGAUUCGAUCCGUCUCAGUGAGAUAGACAAAGCAGCAGUGCUCACACUGAUUAGAGAAGAGAUAAUUGCCAAAGAGAUUGAAGCCAGUGAGUGGAAGAGGAAAUAUGAGGAGAGUAGACUGGAGGUCACUGAAAUGAGGAAAAUAGUGGAUGAGUAUGAGAAGACGGUCGCUCAAAUGAUAGAAGAUGAGCAGCAAAAGAACAUAGGAUCUCAGAAGAGCGUCCACCAGUUAACCGUGGAGCGAGAUCAAGCCCUCGCUGACCUCAACUCGGUGGAGCGCUCGUUUUCUGACCUGUUCAGACGCUACGAAAACAUGAAGACCGUUCUUGAGGGCUUUAAGAAGAAUGAGGAAGUGCUAAAGAAGUGCGCUCAGGAAUACCUCACACGCGUGAGGCAGGAGGAACAACGUUAUCAGACCCUCAAAAUCCACGCAGAGGAGAAACUUGACAAAGCGAAUGAGGAAAUAGCUCAGGUGCGAUCUAAGGCUAACGCAGAGAGCGUGGCCCUGAACGCCGGCCUGAGAAAAGAGCAGAUGAAGGUGGAGUCCCUGGAGCGGGCACUCGAACAGAAGAAUGAAGAGAUUGAAGAGCUUACUAAGAUUUGUGAUGAGCUCAUUGCAAAAAUGGGCACCACGGACUAAGAGGAAGCCAGCCUGACCAAGAACGCCGCUGGAUCUCACAUUGCUUUUUUUUUUUCCAUGUUGGGAAGGAGCCACUUUUCCAGGCACUGGAAGAAACAAGAUAUGAGCUGAAGAAUCAAAUAAAAGAGUCCCAAAUGUUUUUACAGAUUCAUAGAGUGCUGAUGUUGGAGAGGGUGGGAAAAACCACCCACAUAUCUGAUUCUGAUGACUUUCUGCUGGCUGUUAUGGCAGCUGUGUGUAUGAGCGUUUGGGAGAACCCUCUGGGUGUGUGUUCAGGUGUAACGAAACAGACAUGGGAUGACGGUCACUGGCCUUGUUCGUAGUUUACAUGAUCACACUGCUGCUAUUUAUAAUGGAGGGAGCAAAUCAUAUUAUUUACAACUUUUUAGUUACAUUACUUGCAUUGAAAAGUACUGUAACCGGUGUACUUAUUUGGUUCUAUAUUAGAGGUCCUGAUACAAGUUGAAAAAUAUCCCGAGUUCAGUUCAAGAUCAGUUGACAGCACUGGUGGUGUAAUGUUGAUUACCAUGAAAAAGCAAAAAUCUGGGUAACAUUAAGGUACUUACUGUACAAUGGAAGUGAAUGUAAAUGUAAACAUUACUAUAUUCACUGUUUUAGUAAUGUAGCCACAAGAAGUAACCCAUAUGCAUAUUACCAUGACUUUAGUGUGAAAUUAAAUGCUAAGCUUUUCUGUGUAAGGUUGAAAACAAUUUUAUGAUUAUGCUGACAUGCCAACAUAGUCUUAAACCCUAAAACCCCAAAAUUAGGACUUGAACAGCUUUUGAGCUCAAAUAAUAUUCAAGUUUUAACAGAAUAAAUAAUGUAAUUACUUUUAUUAAAUUUAUAAGCUGCAAAUGUCUAUUAAAUCGUCCAA